CCUCCCAUCCUCUCUUCUUCUUUCUCCUCUUCCUCCUCCUCCUUUCUCUCCAUCCCAGCCACCCAACCUGGAUUCUAAUGGAACCACCAAGAUGUUCAUCUCCAGCUUCCUGGACUUUCAGAAGACCAGAUAUGCCAGGUUUAUGAACCACAGGGUGCCACCCAACAAGAGGUACCAGCCAACUGAGUAUGAACACGCUGCCAACUGUGCCACACAUGCUUUUUGGAUCAUCCCAAGCAUCCUGGGGAGCUCCAUCCUCUAUGUCCUGUCUGACAACCAAUGGGAAGCCAUCUCUGCCUGGAUCUAUGGCUUUGGCCUCUCGGGGCUCUUUAUUGUCUCCACCAUCUUUCACACCAUUUCUUGGAAGAAGAGGCACUUAAGAACUGUGGAGCAUUGCCUGCACAUGUUUGACAGAAUGGUGAUCUACUUCUUCAUAGCAGCGUCCUAUGCCCCUUGGCUAAACCUGCGGGAGUUGGGCCCGUGGGCGUCGCACAUGCGCUGGCUGGUGUGGAUCAUGGCCUCCGUCGGCACCGUCUAUGUUUUCUUUUUCCAUGAACGAUACAAACUGGUCGAACUGGUCUGCUAUGUCAUCAUGGGUUUCUUCCCUGCUGUGGUUAUUCUUUCCAUGCCCAACACGGACGGUCUCUCCGAACUCAUGGCCGGCGGCUUUUUCUAUUGCCUGGGCACGGUUUUCUUCAAGAGCGACGGACGCAUCCCCUUUGCCCAUGCCAUUUGGCACCUCUUUGUGGCCCUUGGAGCCGGAACGCACUAUUACGCCAUUUGGAGGUACCUCUAUCGGCCGGAUGCCAUCGAGGCCAAAACCUCCAGGUAGACAGACCUGCUUUAAGGACCCUCAGAGGUGAAGGAUUGGACGCCACAUCCAUCUCAUCCAUCCUUAUCGGAUGCUCCUUUCUCCACCGGAGUAUGGAUGGGGUGCUAGUAUUGAUCCCUUUGCCAAUCUGUCCUGGCCCCAAAUGCCUAGAGGUUUGCUUUCAUUUUCUGUGGUUUUAUACACAAAGGAACCUGGGAGCUAUUUGCUUGUUCCUUAUGGUGGGAGAAGAAGUGGAAGGAGAGUUGCCCCUUGCCUUCCUUUCUGCUGGCGGAAAGGUCUCUUCCGAACCUCUUUCCGGGCACAAAUAAAUACUGGGUAGGCAAGAGUUUGCCAUCCAAAUGCACUCUUUCCAUUCCUAGACUAGCAUUCCUUCCCGGGAAGAGAAAAGAAAACCUCUGAGAGUAAAGCAAGAGUGACAUCUUGUACUCCAGUGCACUUUAGUGUGGUUCGUGUAACUGUGAUGCACUUUCAAUCAAGCCAUUAUUGUCCGCUCUUGAGUAAUGUGUCGAAAGCUAUGGCAUCCUCGACCCCAGGCAUGGGCCAACUUGGGCCUUCCAGAUGCUUUGGACUUCAACUCCCACCAUUCCUAACAGCCUCAGGC